AUGGAUCCAGCGAUGCCAGCCGCAGUCGAUGUGCCCGUUGGUGACCGCCCUGCUUCUCCCCCCCGCCCUCACCGAUGCCCGCUCUGCUCGAGAUCUUUCCGCUACCCCUCGCAGUUGGCGAUUCACCGCCGGCGUCACCUGAGGGACUCCUCCGUGCCGUGCCCGGACUGCGGGCAGAGUCUGCCGGGGCGGCUCGAGUUGAGGGCUCACCGGCGGCAACACGAGGAGGAGGGGGGGCCCUGGCGCUGCUCGGAGUGCGGCAAGGAGUUCUCCCGGUCGCGUUCGCUGGCCGACCACCGGCGCCUGCACACCGCGCCGCGCCGGCACUGGUGUGCCCCGUGCGGCAAGUCCUUUCUGUACCCUUCCCAGCUUGCCAAGCACCGCCUGGGCCACACCGGUGAGCGGCCCUGCAAGUGCCCGGUGUGCGGCAAGGGCUUCACCGUCGCCUCCGUCCUGCAGCGCCACCGGCUCAUCCACACCGGCGAACGCCCGCACCGCUGCGUUGAGUGCGGCAAAGCCUUCACCCAGUCCUCCCACCUCAAGACGCACCGGCGGCUGCAUUCCGGCGAGCGGCCCCACCCGUGCGGGCUGUGUGGCGCCUCCUUCAGGUCGGCAUCCGCCCUCUCGCGGCACGCCCGCUCCCACGCCCGCCCGCCGCCCGCCGGAGAGCACCGCUGCCCGUCCUGCGGCAAGCCCUUCCCAGGGCCCGAGGCGCUGGAGUCCCACCAGCGCCCGCUGACCUGCCGGCUGUGCCCGCUCACCCUGGCGUGCCCCUCGCUGCUGCGGCAACACGAGAGGUGCCAGCACGCACAGGGGGAGCCCCGGCGCUACCCCUGCCCGCAGUGCCCGCGCACCUUCCCAUACCCCUCCCAGCUGGCGCUGCACUGGCGCUCCCACACCGGCGAGCGGCCCUUCCGGUGCUCCGAGUGCGGCAAAGGCUUCCCGGUGCCCUCCAAGCUCCGGGCGCACCGUCUGGUGCACACCGGCGAGCGUCCCUACCGCUGCGGGGCCUGCCCCAAGGGCUUUACCCAGUCCUCCGCCUUGCUGCGGCACCAGGUGGUGCACACCGGCGAGCGGCUCUACCGGUGCGGCGAGUGUGGCCGCGCCUUCGGCCAGUCCUCCCACCUCAAGGCGCACCGGCGCACGCACGGUGGUGGGGAGGGGGCUCCCGGCGCGGGCGGGGGGCCGUUUAUCUGCACCUCCUGCGGCCGAGGCUUUGCCCGGUACCGCUCGGUGGAGGCUCACCGGUGUCGGGGCGUGCCGUCGCCGCACCACGCCUGCCCGCAGUGCCCGCGCUCCUUCCGCUACCCCUCCCAGCUGGCGCUGCACCGGCGCUCCCACACCGGCGAGCGGCCCUUCCGGUGCGGCGAGUGCGGCAAAGGCUUCCCGGCGCCCUCCAAGUUGCGGGCGCACCGGCUGGUGCACACCGGCGAGCGGCCCUACCGCUGCCUGGAGUGCCCCAAGGGUUUCACCCAGUCGUCUGCCCUGCUCCGGCACCAGCGGGUCCACGCUGGGGAGGGCGGGCAGCGCCGGCGGCAGCGCCGGGCCGAGGGCGAGAAGCCCUGCGCCUGCGCCGAGUGCCCGCGUGCCUUCCGCUACCCCUCGCAGCUGGCCCUGCACCAGCGCAGCGCCCACGGCGACGCCGGCUCCUCCUUCCCCUGCGCCGAGUGCGGCCACUGCUUCCGCACGGCGUCGCGGCUCCGCUCGCACCGGCGCCGGCGCCACCGGGAGGGCGGGGGCGAGGACCCGGCGCCGCCGCGCUCCCACCCCUGCCUGUACUGCCCGAAGACCUUCCUGUACCCGUCGCGGCUGGCGCUCCACCAGCGCUCGCACACCGGCGAGCGCCCCUUCCGGUGCAGCGCCUGCGGCAAGGGCUUCUCCGUCUCCUCCGCCCUGCUGCGGCACCGGCUCAUCCACGCCGGCGAGCGGCCCUAUGAGUGCCCGGAGUGCGGCCGGGCUUUCACCCAGUCCUCCCACCUCAAGACGCACCGGCGGCUCCACGUGCCGGGGGGCGCCUGCCGCGGCCAGGGGGCGCCGGAGAGGCGGCGGGGCCGCUGCCAGAGGUCGGCGCCCCCCGGUGGCGGGCACGGGGAGAAGCCGCACCGCUGCCCGGAGUGCCCCAGGGCCUUCCGGUACCCCUCCCAGCUGCGGGCACACUCCCGGUCGCACGCGGCCCGGCCGCCGGCCGAACCCUCGGCGCCGCCGCGGCACCAGUGCCCGGUGUGCCACAAGCUCUUCCGCUACCCGUCGCAGGCGUCCAAGCACAAGCUGACCCACACCGGGGAGCGGCCCUGCGUCUGCCCGCUCUGCGGCAAGGGCUUCUCGGUGCAGUCCGCCCUGCGGCGCCACCGGCUCACCCACACCGGCGAGAGGCCUUACCGCUGCGGGGAGUGCGGCCGGGCCUUCACCCAGUCCUCCCACCUCAAGACCCACCGGCGGCGGCUGCACCGGGCCACCGAGCCCAGCGCCGUCACCCCGGGAGCCGAGCCGGUGACCGUCACCCUCCUGCUCCGGGGCGGAGCCCAGCCCAAGACCGAACCCAAGACUGAGGUGGAGUGGGAGCCGGCGCACGGCACAGCCAUCACUGUCUUCCCCAAGGCCGAACUGUCCUACCAUCUGUCUCAGGCCACCUCAGCCAGCCUGGCCUGA